AUGGUCGCGGGGGAUUUCAAUGCCAAAUCAACGGCAUGGGGUUCCCCGCAGACCGACUGGCGGGGUGAUGAAGUUGAAGAGUGGGCGGCGCAAUGCGACCUGACGCUCCUCAAUUUGGGGAGCGAAAAGACAUGUGUGCGCCGACAGGGCGGGUCAAUUGUAGAUUUCACAUGGAUGACCCGCCCUGCAGCAAGGAUGGUUAAGAAGUGGAGGGUGGCGACGGAGAUCGAAACUCUAUCUGACCACAGAUACAUAGAGAUCUCCGUCGCCAUCACCACAAAGGAGGUCGCAGAGCGUCGCCUACAAAGAGAGGCGGUCUCCAAAAGAUGGGCUCUCAGGAAGCUGGACACGGACAUGUUUAUGGCGGCAAUUAAUGCCGCCAUGAUAGGAAGGGAAGAGGGGACCGGGGAUUUAGAAGAGCAUAGGGCAUGGCUAACAAGCGUCGUAACCCAAGCAUGCGACGUAGCCAUGCCCAAGGUCAAAGCCCGGUCCCCGAAGCAUGCGUACUGGUGGUCGGAGGACAUCGCCGAGCUAAGGCGGUCCACCGACCACGCAAGGAGGGAGAUAAAAAGGAGGAAGAAGCACGCGUUACUGGACCCAGAAGGAUUGGAGGACGCGUGGGACGCCUAUAAACAUAGAAGAGACGACCUACGCGCGAAUCCAACAGGCGAAGGCGAGGGCCUGGGAGGAAUUGAUCUCCUCCCUAGACGACGACCCGUGGGGCCGUCCCUAUAA